AUGUCACACUCCGAAUCCGUAUCGCCGCUACGUUCCCAUGCAACAAUAGGGCCUCAUUCUCAGUCAUUACGAUCUCCUAUGCGUCCACCAUUGGGUCACGCUCAUACUUACAGUGUCAGAGAGCGAUCUAUCAGUGAGGUACUCCACAAUGAACCAGAUUCCUAUGCUCGACUUCUACAAAUGAAUCAGUGCUAUGAAGCUAUGCCAACCUCGAGUAAAAUGGUUAUAUUCGAUACCGAACUGGUGUUAUGGAAAGCUUUUAAUGGACUUGUCUAUCAAAACACUCGGCAUGUCCUGUUAUCAAAUGGCGAACUUGGUGGAUUAAUUACCGGCAUUCUUUCAGUCACAGAUUUUAUACGGGUUGUACUCAGGUUGCGCAGAGAACAAGAACAGACAGAUGCACUGGUGGAAGGUAAACAAGAUCUCGGAAAGCUGUCUAUAAAGGCGUAUAGAGAACUUGUGCAAAAAGAAGGAAAGCUUAAGGAGUUAGUGUACAUUAAUGCUAAUAACAGUUUGUUGGAGGCUGCUAGAUUACUCGCUCAGCAUCACAUACAUCGUCUACCAGUUCUCGAUCCGGAAUCUGGUAGUCCUCUGUUCAUCCUUACUCACAAACGACUACUCAAGUUCCUUUGGUGCUUUGGGCAACAGUUUUCUCAACCUGAUUACCACAUUCGCACUGCCAAGGAUUUGAAUGUUGGCUCCUGGGUCGGAAUCCGAGUGGUCUUCCCAGACACUCCUUUGACAGAUUGCCUUGACAUUCUCCUGAACAAAGGUGUUUCGGGUGUACCAGUUGUUCAGCGAGACACUUUCAAGGUCGUCGAUAUGUAUUCGCGAUUCGACGCAGUGGGAAUCGCUUUAGAAGAAAGUGCCGACAUCAUGGAUGUUAGCGUUGAACAGGCGCUCAAGUUCAAGAACUUGGGCAGGAAUGGUAAAGAUCGGGUAGUGUCAGUAAGGGAUACGGAUACGCUAUGGAAAGCUAUUACUAUUCUCGUAGAGCGGAAUGUCCAUCGUUUAUGUGCAGUCAACGAAACAGGCGCUAUAGAGGGAAUCAUUUCGCUUUCCGAUGUGAUCAAUCACAUGGUUGUCAAGCCAGGUGCGAAGUUGAAACCUAUUCGAGCUCCAAUCCGACACUACACGACUCAUCCCUACGAAUUCACCGAUGUGCCUGGAAUGGGUGAAUUCACUCCCAGAGGCAAAGUUUCAUGCAUUUGGAAGCAUUCGUAUAUAAAUGCGAUACCAAAGAACCAGCCACAUGAUGUUGUAAGUAAUUAUAGGCCGAUUAGUAUCACUUCUAUCACUGCUAGGUUGCUCGAGAAAUUGUUGGGAAACACAAAAUUGGAGCACUUGGACCAGCAUGGUGUCAUCAGCUCAAAUCAGCAUGGCUUUGUCAAACAUAAGUCAAGGAUAGCUCAGCUACUCGAAGCUCUCACUGAUUGUACCUUAGGGAUUGAUCGAAAGAAAGAAGUUCACAUUAUCUACUUUGACAUCAUGAAGGCAUUCGAAAGUGUGCCCUAUGACAAACUCUUCACCAAGCUAGAAAGUGUAGAGGUUAAGGGUCUGCUUUAG